AGCAUGACUGAGCAUUUUUUAAGCGCUGAGAUUAUCCCUUCUUGAAUCGCUAGUUACAAAUAUGGUACUACCAUGCUGGAAGUUCUUCGGCUUCCUCACAGCAUCCCGACUUUGCGAAGGAAAAGAACCUAAAUCUGAUGUCACGACAUGGUGGCACGACAGCUCAGUCAUCAACACCAAUACUUCGGUAGCGGCUGAUGAGGUUCGAGGUUCACGGCGAUAUAAGGUCUCUAUUUCACUGGCGGGUGAAGAUGACUUCCAUCGCUCUUUCGUCUAUGAGUCAAUUCCCCGUAACGGCAACGGUAAGAUGUUCGACCCAGCUCAGCCUGAGAAAGAGUAUGACUUUGCGGAUGGAGACGGGAUUACCAUUGAGGCAGAUGAGGGCAUCAGCAUGGCUUGGACGCAGUUUAUUUACCGCAAAGAUGUCGAUGUUCGGAUUGUUACUACCGACGGAUCUUCGAUUGGCCCAGCCUCCAACGUUGUGAUUCGCCCUGUUGAUCUUGGUUUCAAAGUCAAGAGCCCAAAGGAUAAUACUGUCUUGAUUCGAGUACCUUUCCAAAAGUCUGGGGCGAGAUUCUCUGUUGAGUUUCGGGAUGAUCUCGUCACGUACAGGUCCAACGGCACUGAUUAUGUGGAUGAUGGUGGUGUCAUUGUCAGCGAGGAGCCUAAGAAUAGUCUUAUCAUCUUCGCCAGCCCGCCUCUUCCCAAAGUCCUUGUUCCGUCUAAGACAUCCAGCAAUGUCCAAGUCAUCCACUCAGGCAAGGUGACGCAAGACACUUUCGGGUCUAAACCAACCAUGAUCUUCGAAUCUGGAAUUCAUUGGAUAGAGAAGGAUGGCGUUCUCGGCAAGGACCACAUCAAACUUCACCCGAGCACUCACUAUGUAUAUUUCGAGCCUGGUGCCUACGUCAAAGCAGCGCUGGAAUACACAACGAAACACCCCACUUUCCAUACGGUCGGCUAUGGAGUGCUGUCGGGCGAGAACUAUGUAUACAUGGCCAAUACAGUCAAGAACUAUACUUCAGUGAAGGACGACCGGUACAGUCUCCGCAUGUUCUGGCACCAGUCCGUGAUGGAUAAUCAGACAUGGCACUGCAUUGGUCCAACUCUGAACUCCCCGCCAUUCAACACCAUGGAUCUCUAUCCUAUGAACAGCACUCCCCACGAGGAAGACAACAAAGUUAGCGCCUAUAUCAGUGAUUACAAGCAAGUUGGGGCAUAUUACUUCCAAACCGACGGAACUCAGAUGUACAGAGGUUCAGUUCGCGAUGUUUUCUGGCACGUCAAUGACGAUGCCAUCAAACUAUAUCACUCAGGAGCCCAACUUCACGCUCUGACGAUUUGGAAAGCCCGGAACAACGCGAUUAUUCAGAUGGGCUGGAAACCACGUAAUGUCAGUGACGUGUCUGUCAGUAAACUUCGCAUCAUUCAUAAUAGGUGGAUCAAGGCCAAUGCGUAUGUUCCGUCAGCUGUUCUGGGCGCAUCGCCGUUUUACGGUGAUCCAAAGGAGAUCGAUACUCGGAGGACGAUGCAAGUCAAUAUUGACGAUGUUGUCUGCGAGGGGAUUUGUGCAGCGCUCAUGACGAUUGCUCCGAUGCAAAACUUCGACUUGAAGAUGUCUAAUGUGCGCUUUGAGAUGUUACAUAAAGACGCAGAACUUAGGCUUGGGAGAAGCGUCGUUGGUAUGGACGCGGGGGAGGGAAUGGAUAAUUACACUCCUGGGCAGGGGAACUUGACGCUGGGUAUUCAUAUCACAAACUGGACAAUUGGCGAUAAGGAAGUUGAUAAGAAGAAUGUGGGCGAGGAUAUGCUGGGUCAGCUGAAGAUUAACCCCAUGUUCGAUGGAGAUUGGACCAUAGAAUGAGCUCAAGAGGGUCUGCAUUCGCCUAUCCAUGCGUUGAAGAGACUGUGCCACUCUUGUGAAACAAAUAGAUUAC